GGCUUUUGAAGUCCGCCGUUGCUUCUUCUAAGAGUUUGUUGCUUCCGCGUCGCCUUCUGAGGCUGCUGCGAUGACGCCGCUUAUUGAGGACUUUGUGUCUCAGCAGGUGGAGUUGCUGAAGGAGGAAAGAGAAGCCGAGAUUUCGGAAGCCAGAGCAUGGAAAGAAAACAUCUCCCUGAAAGAGCUACAGCGCAGAGGAGUUUGCUUGCUGAAACUCGACAUUGCCAGUCAAAGAACUGGAUUGUAUGGCCGUUUACUUGUAACUUUACAACCUAAAAGACAUGGCCCAGAGGCAGAGCUGCCCUGUAAUAGUUUUGGGCCUGGUGACAUUGUGGGACUUUAUGAGAAUGCUGGGCAGAGUGAUCAGCUCUGCACAGGAAUUGUCACCCGUGUAACUGCCAGGUCAAUCACUCUUGCAAUUGAUGAGCCUCAGGGUGCCUUUGCCAGCUUGGACCAGGAGAGCUCCUAUCGUCUGCUGAAACUUGCCAAUGACGUUACUUAUAAGAGGCUCAAAGGGGCUUUAAAGACCCUUGGUCAGUAUCGGACUGGUCCAGCAUCUCGUCUCAUUGAUGUCCUCUUUGGUGCUUCUGAACCUAGUAAUGCCAAUGAUACAAAGCUGUUGAAGUUCUACAAUGAAUCACUGGAUGCCUCACAGAGGGAGGCUGUUUGCUUUGCACUGGCUCAGAAAGAUGUUGCUAUAAUCCAUGGGCCGCCGGGAACUGGAAAGACAACGACAGUGGUAGAAAUCAUACUCCAAACUGUGCAGCAAGACUUGAAAGUCCUGUGCUGCGCUCCGUCCAACAUUGCAGUUGACAAUUUAGUAGAGCGACUUGCUGGCCAUCAGGUGCAGAUCCUGCGGCUUGGCCACUCAGCUCGCCUUUUGGAGUCAAUACAGCACCAUUCACUUGAUGCAGUCUUGGCACGUGGGGAUAAUGCCCAGAUUGUAGCAGAUAUUAGGAAGGACAUUGAUCAAGCAUUUGCGAAGAGCAGAAAGACCCAAGACAAAGGGGAAAGAAGUCAUUUUCUAAAUGAGAUUAAAAUACUGAGAAAAGAGCUGAAAGAGCGAGAAGAAACAGCUAUAACUGAAAUCCUGACACAAGCUAAAGUCAUUCUUGCAACAAAUACAGGAGCCUCUCCCGAUGGCCCGUUGAAGCUGCUUCCUGAGAACCACUUUGAUCUGGUGGUGAUUGAUGAAUGCUCCCAAGCACUUGAGGCAAGCUGCUGGAUACCACUGUUGAAGGCCCCCAAAUGUAUCCUGACUGGAGAUCACAAGCAACUGCCUCCCACAAUCCUCUCUCACAAAGCUGCCCUGAAGGGUCUUUCCCUCAGCUUAAUGGAGCGGCUGAUUCAGCAAUAUGGUGACCGUGUUGUGAAGAUGCUCACUGUGCAGUACCGAAUGCACCAGGCCAUAAUGCAGUGGGCUUCCACCGAGAUGUACAAUGGCUGCCUCUCAGCGCAUUGCUCUGUUGCGCAGCAUUUACUGAAGGACUUGCCAGGAGUGACCCCCACAGACGAAACUAGUAUUCCAUUGCUGCUCAUAGAUACAGCUGGCUGUGGCUUAUUUGAGAUGGAAGCAGAGGAUGAACAGUCUAAAGGAAAUCAAGGUGAAGUACGUCUUGUCAGCUUGCACAUACAGGCUUUGGUAGAUGCUGGUGUUAAAGCAAGAGAUGUUGCUGUCAUUACUCCCUACAACCUCCAGGUGGACAUGCUAAGAGAAGUCCUCGGUCACAAGUAUCCAGAGCUAGAGAUUAAAUCAGUGGAUGGCUUCCAAGGAAGAGAGAAGGAAGCUGUUAUCCUCUCCUUUGUGCGGUCCAAUAGAAAAGGUGAAGUGGGAUUCCUCGCUGAGGACCGGAGAAUAAAUGUUGCAAUCACCCGCGCCCGGCGCCAUGUCACUGUAAUCUGUGACUCUCGGACAACUGGCAACCACAGUUUCCUUAAACGGCUGCUGGACUAUAUGAAUGAGCAAGGGGAAGUGCGCACAGCCUUUGAAUACCUGGAUGACAUUGUGCCAGAAAACUAUGCUCCCAAGAACUCCCAGGGUCUCAGUGAACAAGAAAGGAGACUUAAAUGCAACAUCUCACCAGCCCCAAAGGCUGAUGGUGAGAAACCGAGAAGAAAGCCAGCCAAACAGAUGGGGGAGAGGCCAGCUGAAUGUUCUGUGCAGAGUGUGGCCAGGGUCACAGCCGUGGGACCUGAGGUGAAAGAAAGCUCAUCUCAUCAUAAAGCAAGGAUACUGGAGUUCCUGGACAGUAGUGAGACGCAACUGGAUUUCCCAUCAUUGUUAAAUGCUCAUGACAGGUUGCUUAUUCACCAAUUGGCAGAGGAAUGUGGUCUCCAGCAUGUCAGCAUAGGAGAAGGUAGAGAGAGGUACAUAAGUGUUCGUAGGAAAGCCGCAGCCACAAAUUUCUCUCUGGGAAAUGCAAAGGCCUGUCAAGAGGAGUUACCCAACAGGCCUCCUAGCCCUCCGAAACAAAAUAAUGGCCACGAGGAACAGAGAGGAAGUGGUGCUGGUGUGGGAAAAGUGGAUCUGAAAACAUUGCACAUGGAACGGCUGCAAAGAGAGAAGGCCAAGAAAGAGGAGAAAGCAAAACAACAUCCUGAAUUGGCUACCAGUCUGCGUGAACUCACUGGGAAAAAGCACAAAAAGAAUGCUGCUGUUAAAACUGGAGUGGAAAGUGCAACUGAAGAAGACUUCGAUGCUCUGAUUUCUGCUGCAAUUAAAGCUGACAACACAUGUGGUUUUUCCAAGUGCAAAGCCAGUGUAACAACCCUGGGACAGCUCUGCCUGCAUUGCAAUAAACUCUACUGCCUCAGCCACCACAUCCCAGAGAUCCAUGGAUGUGGGGAGAAGGCCAAAGCACACGCCCGGCAAAGAAUCAGCAGAGAAGGUGUUCUGUAUGCUGGGAGUGGAUUGAAGGACAAGUCUUUGGAUCCUGCCAAAAGAGCUCACCUUCAGCGGCGACUGGACAAGAAACUCAGUGAACUGACAAGCCAAAGGAAGAGCAAAAAGAAAGACAAGGAGAAAUGAGAUGGUUUGCUUCAUGGAGGGCAGGUCCCAGCCAGCCUGUUCUUCAAGCCCCAUCUUAAAAAAUGCUCAGAAUCCAGAGGGAAAAAUUGAAGCUCCUAGGCCUUUGGUGUGGACCAAAAACACUUGCACAUUGAAAGCCCUAUCUUCAGCUUUUAAAAAAUGUUACAAGUCUCACCUUGUCCUGAAAAAUGUAUUUAUACCAGGCAUGUCAAGUCUAUAAAGCAUUUCUGAUUAAAGAAGCGGGGAGCUUUGUUUGGAGUAAUUAUCUUUAUUGGCAAGGUAAUAAAUAUACACCAAAUGCA